GGACCUCCACCGCCUAUAGGCUUGUAAAGUUGGAAGCUGUAAUCUGUCUGAUUCAAAUUACUCCUUUGAUUGAUACUCACAAAUCACAAUCCUCUGAAUUCCUCUCCCUCUCAUUUAGUCUAUUCGCACUUCUCCUCCAAUAUACAACAAAAUCGGCGAGUUGACUCGGCAUCCAAGAUGACGGAUCCUCAGCGUUCCGGCGAUCCGUUUCUUAUCCGAUACGACGACUCGGAGCUUCGAAUCGCUUCGGAAUUUCUAUCGAAUUGGCUUCCUUUUCUCUCAAGAGACCUCUGUCAUCACUGCACCCACACCCUCUCCUCCCGCAUCCUCUCUCUGUCUCCUCAAUGCAAGGAUAAAAAUAGUGCCGCCGAACCUUCAAAUUCUGGAGAGAUUUCCACGGUUUUGAGGCCAGAUUUUGAAGAUAAAGAUGUUGAUAUUUGUGAUACUCAUUCAUUGGGGAGUUGGAAAGAUGAGGCAGAAUCCAACCCGCAUGACACGAAUGGGGGGUCGGAAUCGUCGUCACCCCUUGCUGAUAGCUCUCCAAGGGAACUAGUUAGUAAUAGCAGUUCAGCGCCUUUCGAAAGUAAAACUCCUAGAGUUCGAAUGUCAUGGGCAGAUAUGGCACAAGAGGAUGAACUUGAAGGGGAUGGAGUGAUCGAGGAGGGUAAGCCUAAAGGAAAUGGAGAAUUGGGUGGGUUGGCGAGAAGGAAGGCAGAGCUGUCGAGGGAUCAGAGAGAGUAUUUAAGAUUUACUAAUGUGAGAAGAAAGAAAGAUUUUAUAUGCCUUGAGAGGGUUAAUGGAAAGGUCAUGAAUAUUAUUCAAGGGCUUGAGCUCCACACAGGUGUUUUUAGUGCUGUGGAACAGAAAAGGAUAGUUGAUUGUGUCUAUGAUCUGAUGGAAAAGGGAAAGAAAGGAGAACUUAAAGAACGCACUUACACAGCACCUAGAAAGUGGAUGAAGGGUAAAGGGCGUGUGACUAUCCAAUUUGGUUGCUGUUAUAAUUAUGCUACUGAUAAAAAUGGUAACCCACCAGGUAUUCUGAAACGCGGAGAAGUUGAUCCCUUACCUUCUCUUUUUAAAGUGAUAAUCAAGAGGUUGAUCAGAUGGCAUGUUCUUCCCCCGUCCUGCAUUCCUGACAGCUGUAUUGUCAACAUUUAUGAAGAAGGAGACUGCAUACCUCCACAUAUCGAUAAUCAUGAUUUUGUUCGGCCAUUUUGUACUAUUUCUUUUCUCAGUGAAUGCAAUAUAGUAUUUGGAACAGACUUGAAGAUUGAAGCCCCUGGAGAAUUUAGUGGCGCUAUAGCAAUACCCUUGCCCGUUGGAUCGGUUAUGGUAUUAAAUGGAAAUGGUGCUGAUGUUGCCAAGCAUUGUGUUCCUGCAGUACCAUCUAAGAGGAUUUCUAUUACUUUCAGGAGAAUGGAUGAAUCAAAGCGGCCUGUGGAUUAUUCUCCCAUACCAGACUUGCAAGGACUUGAACCAUUAUAUUAUGAUGAUGAUGGAGCAAAGAAAUCACCCCCUCAACAUCACGUAAGCAGGCAAGGAACAAGAGACGAGUUCAGGUCAGAGAAGAAGAGAGAUGAAGAGCCUCGAUAUUCAGCCAGGUUUCGGGUUGCCAUGAGAGGUCCUAGAAAUAGGGUAAAUUUGGGAGGUAGCUGAUAUGUAGAAACGUCUCGUGGCUGAUAUGUAGAAACGUUCCGUGGUUUCUCAUCCCAUAUUUUAUCAAUUCCUGUUGAAUUCUCUGUGUAUAUAUAUGUACUAAAAGUUGGCUAUUAUUUUAUUACCAUUUUUGUUUAUGAAUCAAAGAGUUUUGAAGGCAUUUCUUCAAAUCUGUCUAUUGUAAAUUGAGGAAAAUGUAGUGUCAAAAUAUUUGUUUUGUUUUAAAUUUUUUAUGGAGAGAUUUAUAUUAGAUCUUAAAUUUUUGCUA